AUGCAUACAUUCAUGGAGAGAAAAGAGGGUUUAAAAAUGGAAGACUAUGUAAUGGGAAACUCAAUCAACUCAAACUCAUCGUUUUGUGAUUACACGGGCAAUGGUUUCCCAUUACAAAGUGUAUUUGAUUCAUGUAGUGAAGAUGAUAAUAAUAAGUUUUCAUUAGGGUUUAUGGAGUUGUUGGGUGUUCAAGACUUUACCUGUCCUUUAUUUGAUGUGGCUCAACAAGUUCCAGUUUCGACCAAGAUGGAGUCACCUGAGCAGGGUUUUAAUCUGCCUGCUACACCUAACUCUUCCUCGGUUUCAUCAGGUUCGAGUGAAGCCGUCAAUGGUGAACCUGUUAAAGUAGAAGACGACCAAGAAGAAGAAGAUGACCAACAAAAAAACAAGAAACAGUUGAAAGUGAAGAAGGCAAACCAGAAGAGACAGAGAGAGCCGAGAUUCGCGUUCAUGACAAAGAGCGAGGUUGAUCAUCUGGAAGAUGGGUACAGAUGGAGAAAGUACGGCCAAAAAGCUGUUAAAAACAGCCCUUUUCCUAGGAGUUAUUAUCGUUGCACCAGCACCUCAUGUAAUGUGAAAAAAAGAGUGGAGAGAUGUUUCACCGACCCAAGCAUUGUGGUCACCACUUACGAAGGCCAACACACUCACCCCAGCCCGCUCAUGCCUCGGCCGAAUCUCGUCGGUUCUACUAUAAAUUCCGGCAUCUCUGCCGGAGCCGCAGCAGCUUUCAGUGUGCCAAUGCAAAGGAAUACUCAGUCUCACUACUACUACCAGCAGCAGCAGCAGCAUCAACAUCCAUUUGCCAAUAGCUUGUCUUCUUUGAACUUUGGUCAUAAUGGUCCCUCCAUUGACUCGAGUUUUCUUCACGAGAGGCGUCUUUGCACCUCGGGGCAGUCUUUGCUUAAAGACCAUGGCCUUCUUCAAGACAUUAUACCUUCUCAUAUGCUGAAAGAAGAGUAGAUUAUUGGAACACUCAAUUACUUUUAUAUGUAAUUCUAUCACACUGACUAGGGGUGGAAAGAGGUGUAGAUGAAAUGAUUAGUUCACUGGUCUGGAUAUUAUUGUGACUCGGUUUUUACUUUUUGAAAUGAUUAGUUUUUUGUUUUUUUUGGGUGAAAUUCUGGGUAUAGGUGGAGAUUAUAUAUACACCAAGGAAAUUUGGGUCUUUCUUCUUUAAUCCUUCUGACCCUUCGUUUUCUCCUGUAUCUCUUGUUUUUGUUGUUGAAGGAACGUGCAUUCAUUCC